AUGCUUCUAGGCCGUCCUUAUCUCUUAAAAACAUGUCUUAAUUUGAGAGGGCUCUCUUUUCACGCUUCUGCUUUCGGCAGAACAUCAAAUCCGUCUUGGAGGGACACCAUUCAAGCGAAAAACGACAGCGUCAAUGCACUGGUCCACAUUUCUCAACCAGAACCCCAGCGAGACAGUGGAGAGACGUCAUCUUUACAGGGCGUCGCAGUUGCAGUGAAGGAUAACAUCUGUACUUCAUCAUCUCCAACGACGUGCUCUUCGGAGGUGUUAUACGAGUUUACAUCUCCAUACGACGCGACUGUAGUAGAGAUACUACGAAAAGCAGGAGCCGACAUAGUAGGGAAGGCUAACUGCGACGAAUUUGGGAUGGGGUCCUUGAACAUAUACUCAGCCCACGGACCUGUCGUUAACCCAUUUCAAGUACCGGGUGCAGAAGAAUGUUCAUGGAUCGACCGAGAGAGACGAUCAGCUGGAGGCAGCUCAGGCGGAAGUGCUGCUGCAGUAGCCGCUGGCAUGUGUUACGCUGCUUUGGCUACAGAUACCGGAGGCUCAGUACGACUCCCAGCCUCUUACUGUGGGGUAGUAGGAUUAAAGCCUUCCUACGGUCUUAUAAGUAGGUGGGGUGUUGUGUCGUUCGCCGAUAGCUUGGACUGCGUCGGGGUAUUGGCGAAGAGCGUGGACGCGGUCAAGAACAUAUUCGGUACUAUAUCGUCGUACGACCCCAAGGAUCCCACUUCUGCAACACCAGAUAGUCGGCAGAAAUCUUUUGAGCUAUCUGAAGCUUAUCUUCCGUCCUUGGACACCGUAAAUGGAAAGUUCUCUAUGUCAGGUCUUCGAAUCGGUAUACCCCAAGAAUAUUUCCCCACUGAAUUAGAUCCUACAAUUCUAUACCCCAUACGAAAGAUCAUAUCUUCCCUACGAUUACUUGGAGCCUCAAUUGUCCCUGUGACGCUACCUUCGACGCCAUAUGCCCUCAGUGCAUACUACGUCAUCGCCAGUGCCGAGGCCUCAAGUAACCUUGCGCGGUACGAUGGCGUGGAGUAUGGGAAACAGGGGAGCCUACCCCCUGGUACAGAUAGAUCAAAAGCGAGCUCCGUAUAUGCUCACACUCGCUCUGCAGGCUUUGGUGGCGAGGUGCAAAAACGUAUCUUACUGGGAACGUACGCGCUUACAGCCGAUGCUUUCGAUAAUUAUUUUCUUCAAGCGCAACGUGUUCGCAGGUUGAUUCAAGCGGAUUUCGACCGGGUGUUCCGCAUGCCGUCUGCAUUAUCUUCUGUUUCUAGAUCAAACGCCGAGGGUGUCGACGUACUCUUGCACCCCUCGGCCAUACGCACAGCCCCUCUGCUUCCACUUUCUACCGGAGGCCACGCAAGAGACUCGGCUUUUGGGUUAGACGCGUAUUUGCAAGACAUUCUGACUGUACCUGCUUCCCUGGCAGGACUACCGGCUCUCAGCGUCCCUGCAGGAUCCGCGUCGGAUGGGUGGCCAAUUGGUGCGAGUAUCGUCGGACAGUGGGGUGCCGAUGAUAUCGUGCUACGAAUGGGUCGAGCCAUCGAACACAUACAUGCGCAGGUAUAA